UAUGCGUUUUUCUGUAUCACAUUAGCCUUACAUGGCAAGUAUGAAAAGAAAAGGAGAGGAGUAUAUAUAUAUACCCCCAUAUGCAUGUUCCAUUUGAAAUAUUGCACUGAAGACAAGAUCAUAAAACUCUCUCAAGCACCUCCAAAAGCCUCAACAAAAAACUACAACGUAUCUCUUUCCAUCUUCUUUCCUCUUAGAUAAUUUCUCAUAUGGAAGGAACACAACAAAUUCUCCCACCCUUGCAACCUCCAACUUAUGGAAACGUAGUCACCAUUCUCAGCAUUGAUGGAGGCGGAAUAAGAGGUCUUAUCCCUACAACGAUCUUAAGUUUUUUAGAAUCUGAACUUCAGAAGCUAGAUGGUGAGGAAGCAAGAAUUGCGGAUUACUUUGAUGUGAUUGCAGGAACAAGUACAGGCGGUCUUGUGACUGCCAUGCUAACUGCCCCCGAUGAAAAUAAUCGACCCCUUUUUGCUGCCAAGGAUAUCAAAGACUUCUACUUAAAUCACUGCCCUAAAAUAUUCCCACAACCCAAAUGGCCAUUAUUUAGUCAAGUUAAAAAGGUGGUGAAAGGAAUAUCAGGACCAAAAUACAACGGUAAGUAUCUGCAUGGUCUUGUUAGGGAAAAACUAGGAAAGAGAAGAUUACAUGAGACACUGACAAACAUUGUCAUUCCGACAUUCGACAUCAAGCAACUCCAGCCAACUAUCUUUUCUAGCUACGAGGUUAAGAAACAGCCUAGCUUAGAUGCUCUACUCUCCGAUAUAUGCAUUUCAACAUCGGCAGCGCCAACUUAUCUCCCAGCCCAUUAUUUUGAAACCAAAGAAAAGCAAACAGGGAAAGUUAGAGAAUUCAAUCUUAUAGACGGUGGUGUUGCUGCAAAUAAUCCGGCUUUAGUUGCUAUAGGUGAAGUGACAAAGGAAAUACUUGGAGGAAAUUCCGACUUCUUUCCUAUAAAGCCAAUGGAUUAUGGGCGGUUUCUGGUUAUAUCGAUAGGAACUGGCUCACCAAAAGCUGCUAGGAAAUAUAAUGCAAUUAAAGCAUCAAAAUGGGGUGUUCUUGGUUGGCUAAACAGUGGUGGUUCUACACCAUUGGUUGACGUGUUCACUCAAGCAAGUUCAGAUAUGGUUGACUAUCACCUGUCUGCAGUUUUUCAAGCCCUGCACUCUGAACAGCACUACCUUCGCAUUCAGGAUGAUACAUUAAAUGGAAAAGAAUCUUCUGUUGAUAUUGCGACGAAGUCAAAUUUGAAAAAUCUUGUGAAGAUUGGCGAAAGACUAUUAAAAAAGCCCGUUUCCAGAGUUAACUUGGAGACCGGCAGGUUCGAGCCAAUUGAUCAAGGGACUAAUGAAGAAGCUCUUGAAAGGUUUGCAAGAAUACUUUCUGAAGAAAAGCGGCUUCGCCAUGUUAGAUCACCCCAUGGACGACUUUUCGUAAAUUCCAAAUAAUGAUGCCAUUAAAUUGGAGAACUGGUUAUUAUUCUUUGUUGGUUUAGGAUUUAGCUCGAUACCCAGAAAAGGGUGUCCAAUUGUAAAUUUCUUUAUUCGUUCACAAACUGUAAUUAAAAAAUCAAUCUUUGCUAUGAGAUUAUUUAAAUAAAAUUUCAUUACCACUUGUGUC